GCUGCUUGGGGCAGCUUCUCGCGAGAGCCCGUGCUGAGGGCUCUGUGAGGCCCCGUGUGUUUGUGUGUGUGUAUGUGUGCUGGUGAAUGUGAGUACAGGGAAGCAGCGGCCGCCAUUUCGGGGAGCUUGCCGUCACUGUCGCAGGGGUGGAUCCUGAGCUGCCGAAGCCGCCGUCCUGCUCUCCCGCGUGGGCUUCUCUAAUUCCAUUGUUUUUUUUAGAUUCGCUCGGGCCUGGCCGUCCUCGGAGCCCGAUAUUCGGGCUGGGCGGUUCCGCGGCCUGGGCCUAGGGGCUUAACAGUAGCAACAGAAGCGGCGGCGGCGGCGGCAGCGGCAGCAGCAGCAGCAGCAGCAGCGGAAGUCUCUUCCCGAAGACGAGCACCACAGGCGUCCGAAAGCCGGAGCAGGCGUUUAGAGAAAAUGGCAGACGAUAUUGAUAUUGAAGCAAUGCUUGAGGCUCCUUACAAGAAGACUUGCCUAACGAUAUCUCACCUCUACUCCCAUGAAUUCACCUUUGAUUCCAGUGUGAACUGUCAAUCAUAAGGUAGUAAUUGAGUGACUUAUCGCUGUACCGUGGUCCCCUAGGUAAAAUGACUCAACUAAGAAUUACCAGCUCCAGUUUGGUAUAGCAAAAAGGUGAAUGUAGUGGUUUGGGAAAAAGCAGGGGUCCAAGAAUAAAAAAGCAUAACCAGUCUGUGGCAAGUUAAAUCUUCUAAUAGUCUUAUAAGAAGAAAUGGGUGAGAUUUUAAAAUUUAUGUAUCUAUGUAAGACUGGUGAUAGUAAAUCUUAAACAGUCCAGUGGCAAUCUGCUACUCAGUUAAUAAUUACUAAAAUUCUUGGAUCCCUGAAUAGAAAUUAAAAAAAAAAAAAAAUACAAGAGGCAGUAUCACAGCUUAGAGUCACUUGAUAACUGUUUUACUGUUCUCCAUAUUGUUUUAUUUUUAACUAGGCCCUGCCAUAUAGUAUUUCACACUAAAAACAAAGGAAUUAUUUUGGCUAAUAUAGUCUUUGACUCAUUUCGGUAUCGCAGUAAAAGUAAACUGUGUUUUCAUUGUUUCACCAGUUGGUGGUGAAAAUAGCAGUAUGCAUGCAUUAUCACUGGUGUCACAAACUGUAAGCUUUGUAAGUUAGCACUUUACUCCUAUAGCUGAUGUAAUCAAACUUUAAACAUUUUGCUAAACCUUUUAAAAAUAAUACAUUUGUUUUGGAUUGUAUAGCACGACCAUGUGGUACCAAUUUGGAUGAAUUCUUGAUAGAUUUAAAUAGUGUAUGUAAUUUUGUAAUGCCUAGACUCUUGAAGAGCUACUUUCUGUUUUAAUGUUAAGAUUCUUGUGUCUUAGUUUUUUAACAUGGAUGUAAGUCCAUGUAAACAGGUAUGGAAGUAGGAAAUGUUUAGGCUGGACUUGGUGGAUUAUUAAUUGACUUUCUUGGGUUCUUGGGAGUCAACAUUACUAAAGCAGUGUGAAUCCCUGUUUGCUUCAGGGCGAGAUGUGUGACAGAGGUGGCAUCAAGCUCUUACAGUCCCAACCCUCCAACGGAAAUGGGCGAAGAUCUCAGGAAUGGCAUCGGUCACAGGAAAUCGAUAGUGGCUGGCUGCUAGCAUGGCCACUUGGGGCUUAGGCAGAAAUAGAGCCAUGGUACUGACCAAAGGGACCAUAGCACAUGGAAUAAAACUCAAAACAGGACUUCAUGUUUUAUGGAAAUUAUAUUUAACCACUUCAACAUUGUAAAUCUGGAUAACUUAAUAUCUAAACUAUAUAAGAAAGUAAAAUUUAACAUGUUAAUAUGGAAAGAUUUUUUUAUUUUUGUAUCUUGAUGACUUAAAUGUAAGCAACAAAGUGGUUAAACACAUACCCAUCUAAAUUUUUUUAUAGCCUUCCAUGUUAAACUUUAAAUAAAUAAUUAGUUUUAAAAUUGUUUUGUAUUUUCUUAUUCCUGUUCCCUUUACCCUUUGACAACUUGAAAUGUUACCACUUCGUCCUCAUGAUGUUCUUCUAUCAACCCUGCUUAGGAUGAGAACAAGUUGAGCAGUGCCAACGGCCAUGAAGAGCGUAGCAAAAAACAAACUUUCUGCCUCCUUGGAAAGCUCUACAUCUCCUUGUGAUUGGAGUGUGGGUUUCAAGAUUCCAGAAGGAGGAAAAAAAGCAAGAGCAGAAGUCGUAGUCAUGAACGAAAGAGAAGCAAAAGUAAGGAACGCAAGCGAAGUAGAGAUAGAGAAAGGAAAAAGAGUAAAAGCCGUGAAAGAAAGCGAAGUAGAAGCAAAGAGAGGCGACGGAGCCGCUCAAGAAGUCGAGAUCGAAGAUUUAGAGGCCGCUACAGAAGUCCUUACUCCGGACCAAAAUUUAACAGUGCCAUCCGAGGAAAGAUUGGGUUGCCUCAUAGCAUCAAAUUAAGCAGACGACGUUCCCGAAGCAAAAGUCCAUUCAGAAAAGACAAGAGCCCUGUGAGGGAACCUAUUGAUAAUUUAACUCCUGAGGAAAGAGAUGCAAGGACAGUCUUCUGUAUGCAGCUGGCGGCGAGAAUUCGACCAAGGGAUUUGGAAGAGUUUUUCUCUACAGUAGGAAAGGUUCGAGAUGUGAGAAUGAUUUCUGACAGAAAUUCAAGACGUUCCAAAGGAAUUGCUUAUGUGGAGUUCGUUGAUGUUAGCUCAGUGCCUCUAGCAAUAGGAUUAACUGGCCAACGAGUUUUAGGAGUGCCAAUCAUAGUACAGGCAUCACAGGCAGAGAAAAACAGAGCUGCAGCAAUGGCAAACAAUUUACAAAAGGGAAGUGCUGGACCUAUGAGGCUUUAUGUGGGCUCAUUACACUUCAACAUAACUGAAGAUAUGCUUCGUGGGAUCUUUGAGCCUUUUGGAAGGAUUGAAAGUAUCCAGCUGAUGAUGGACAGUGAAACUGGUCGAUCCAAGGGAUAUGGAUUUAUUACAUUUUCUGAUUCAGAAUGUGCCAAAAAGGCUUUGGAACAACUUAAUGGAUUUGAACUAGCAGGAAGGCCAAUGAAAGUUGGUCAUGUUACUGAACGUACUGAUGCUUCGAGUGCUAGUUCAUUUUUGGACAGUGAUGAACUGGAAAGGACUGGAAUUGAUUUGGGAACAACUGGUCGUCUUCAGUUAAUGGCAAGACUUGCAGAGGGUACAGGUUUGCAGAUUCCACCAGCAGCACAGCAAGCUCUACAGAUGAGUGGCUCUUUGGCAUUUGGUGCUGUGGCAGAAUUCUCUUUUGUUAUAGAUUUGCAAACAAGACUUUCCCAGCAGACUGAAGCUUCAGCUUUAGCUGCAGCUGCCUCUGUUCAGCCACUUGCAACACAAUGUUUUCAACUCUCUAACAUGUUUAACCCUCAAACAGAAGAAGAAGUUGGAUGGGAUACAGAGAUUAAGGAUGAUGUGAUUGAAGAAUGUAAUAAACAUGGAGGAGUUAUUCAUAUUUAUGUUGACAAAAAUUCAGCUCAGGGCAAUGUGUACGUGAAGUGCCCAUCAAUUGCUGCAGCUAUUGCUGCUGUCAAUGCAUUGCAUGGCAGGUGGUUUGCUGGUAAAAUGAUAACAGCAGCGUAUGUACCUCUUCCAACUUACCACAACCUGUUUCCUGAUUCUAUGACAGCAACACAACUACUGGUUCCAAGUAGACGAUGAAGGAAGAUAUAGUCCCUUAUGUAUAUAGCUUUUUUUCUUUCUUGAGAAUUCAUCUUGAGUUAUCUUUUAUUUAGAUAAAAAUAAAGAGGCAAGGAUCUACUGUCAUUUGUAUACAAUUUCCUGUUACCUUGAAAAAAUAAAAAUGUUAACAGGAAUGCAGUGUGCUCAUUCUCCCUAAAUAGUAAAUCCCAAUGUAUACAAAACUGUUCUCUUGUUCUGCCUUUUAAAAUGUUCAUGUAGAAAAUUAAUGAACUAUAGGAAUAGCUCUAGGAGAACAAAUGUGCUUUCUGUAAAAAGGCAGACCCAGGGAUGUAAUGUUUUUACUGUUUCAGAAGCCUAACUUUUUACACAAAAGUUACAUUUCACAUUUCACUAAUGUUGAUCUUUGGCUGAUGGUUGAGCAGGUUUCUGAAAUACACAUCUAGUGUAUGGAAAUACAAGACAGCUAAAGGGCUGUUUGGUAGAAUCUCAUCUUGCAUUCUGAUCAAUUGCCAAGAAAGGGAGAUUUCAAAAUUACAAUAUUUCUUGAUGGUAUCUUUUCAAUUAAUGUAUCUGUAAAAGUUUCUUUGUAAAUACUAUGUGUUCUGGUGUGUCUUAAAAUUCCAAACAAAAUGAUCCCUGCAUUUCCUGAAGAUGUUUAGUGAGAGUCUGGUAAGCAAAGCAGUCUGAGAAAGAAAUAGGAAAUGCAGAAAUAGGUUUUGUCUGGUUGCAUAUAAUCUUUGCUCUUUUUAAGCUCUGUGAGCUCUGAAAUAUAUUUUUGGGUUACUUCAGUGUGUUUGACAAGACAGCUUGAUAUUUCUAUCAAACAAAUGACUUUCAUAUUGCAACAAUCUUUGUAAGAACCACUCAAAUAAAAGUCUCUUAAAAAGGCCA